GUAUAAGACCUUUUUUUCCAUCGCACAUGCCAACACUACCCCCACACCCCCACUAACACCAUAUUUACUUCUGGCGCUGAAAACUUGACCAGAGCCAAACACCUCACCCUAACAUACAUCGUAGAAUUUAAGAUCAUGUCGAACUCUUUGGAACAACUCAAGGCCUCCGGUACCACUGUCGUUGCUGACACUGGUGACUUCGAGUCUAUUGCUCAAUUCAAGCCUCAAGAUGCUACUACUAACCCUUCUUUGAUUUUGGCUGCUGCCAAGAAGCCCCAAUACGCCGCUUUGGUUGACGCCGCUGUUGCCUACGCUAAGAAGCUUGGUGGUUCUGUUGAGGACCAAAUUGAGAGUGCUUUCAACCGUCUUCUCGUUGAGUUCGGUACCAAAAUUUUGAGCGUCGUUCCCGGCCGUGUUUCUACUGAGGUUGACGCUCGUUACUCCUUCGACACUAAGACCACCAUCGAGAAGGCCCGCAAGUUGAUCAAGUUGUACGAGGAGGAGGGUAUCAGCCGUGAGCGUGUCUUGAUUAAGGUUGCUGCCACCUAUGAGGGUAUCAAGGCUGCUGAGGAGCUCGAGAAGGAGGGCAUCCACUGCAACUUGACUCUUCUUUUCUCUUUUGUCCAAGCUGUUGCUUGUGCUGAGGCUAAGGUCACUCUUAUCUCCCCCUUCGUUGGCCGUAUUCUUGACUUCUACAAGGCCAGAAACAACCGUGAGUACGCUGCUCACGAGGACCCUGGUGUUUUGAGUGUCACCCGUAUCUUCAACUACUACAAGAAGUACGGUUACAACACCAUUGUUAUGGGUGCUUCCUUCCGUAGCGUCGAAGAGUUGAAGGAGUUGGCCGGUGUUGACUUCCUCACCAUUUCUCCUGCUCUCUUGGAGAAGUUGACCAACAGCACUGAGCCUGUCCCUAAGAAGCUUGAUGCUGAAAAGGCCAAGGCCCUCGACAUCGAGAAGGUCUCCUACCUUAACGACGAGUCCAAGUUCCGCUUUGACUUCAACAACGACGAGAUGGCCGUUGUCAAGUUGGCCACUGGUAUUGCCGCUUUUGCUAAGGAUGCCGAGACUCUUCGUGGUAUCUUGAAGGCUAAGUUGGAGUAAAAAAUCUCGCUAUGAGUUUCAAUGAUGUGAACAGCUACGUAUGUGAUUUUUCUGUUACGGAAUGUGAUGGUUUGUUUUCUUUCCAGCAUCGCGAAGCUUCGAAAGCUGUGAAAACAUCUUUACUUUAAUGA